AGCUCUUUUUCGUUGUUGCUCUUGUUCUUGUGACGCUUCCAUGUCGGAGGACAAGGGACUUCAAGGGGCACUGAACAGCUUCUUCGGUGGCCUCGAGGAGGGCGAGCACUCUCCUCUCGACUACGCCGAUGAUGCCCUCCUUCGCGACAUGGACGAGUUCUUCUCUCAAGGGAAAAACACGGAGCGCAUACGCCGCUUCAUCGAAGACAACGACGAGACCUUCGCGCUGGUGGCAACAGGCGGUGCUGAUGACACCGACAGCAGAAGCGGUCUGCAGCUCUAUCAACUCUUUCAACAGUACGCGGAGGUGAUUGAGGAAAUCGCGGAGGACUUCGUCGCCUCGAGAGAGGAAAAGGCAGCGGAUGUCCUCUCCUCUCUUGUUGCGGCAAUUCAGAAGGAGUGGAACUCGUCGGAGAACGCAUAUCGGAUGCUGUGCACGAGCUACAUAGCCGCGUCGCUAGACUACAAAUCGUUUCUCGAGUUUGCGGAGGACCUGUAUGGGAACACGCACUACAGCAUGGCCCACGACAACGAGGAUAUGGAGAGCGCGGAAAGCAGCUGCAGUGGCAGCGGCUGCGGCUUUGAAGACGUCGACAAAGACGAAGGCAAUGGUGCAACGUAG